AUGCAUCGUUCCCCAUCCUUAGAGGAGGAAGUAUCGACUAUUGUGAAAAUUCUGUCGGCAUCAGCAAACUCUACCUUCUCAAUCCGCUCUGGGGGCCAUUCGCCCAAUUCGGGAGCUGCUAUUGCUAACAGGGGCGUGACAAUCGACCUUCGGGGCCUGAACAGCAUUGAUAUCGACAGUGAUACAUACACCGUCCAGGUUGGAACCGGAUUGACUUGGAAUGAAGUAUACCAAGCAGUUGAUGGAUAUGAUCGGGUGGUGAUAGGAGGUCGGACUGGGUCUGUGGGUGUGGGCGGUCUCAUCACCGGCGGAGGUAUAUCAGCGUUCUCCCCGAGGUAUGGAUUUGCCUGCGACAACGUGCUCAACAUGGAAGUCGUUCUUGCCUCCGGCGAGAUCGUAAACGCCAACGCGAGCCACCAUGCGGAUCUCAUCGCUGCGCUCAAGGGCGGCCAGAACAACUUCGGGAUCGUCACCCGCUUCGACCUGCGGUCUUUCCCCCAAGGUCCGUACUGGGGCGGCGGGAUCCAGUACGAUAUCUCGACUGUCGAGGAGCAAUUGGCGGCGUUCACGGCCUUCAAGGACCCGGCCAAUUUCGACCCCUUCGCCGAGAUCGAACAGAGCUAUCUGUACUACGGCGCCGAGGAUCAGGGGUCCGUCUCCAACAUUAUGUACUAUUCGAAUGCAUCAGCCGCCCCUGCCUCUUUGCAGCGGUUUACGGACAUCAAGCCACAGGCGCUGAACACGAUGCGCAUUUCCAAUACCACGGAUUUCAGUGCAGAGCUUACACGCUACCAGCCUAUGGACCAGUAUGCCGUUUACGCAACGGCAACCUUUCGGGUCUCGCCCACCAUCCUCAAGAAGGUGUACGACGCGUGGAACGCGACCACCUUGAGCAUUGCGGGGGAUGUUCUGAACCUGACCAGCGUGCUCGUCUAUCAGUCCAUCCCUGCGUUACAGCCGGCAUCGGCACCGCCGAACAGCCUCGGGAUUCCGCCGGACAGCCAUCCGGAGCGGAAUCAGGUCCUCUGCCUCGUAUCCCUCUACUGGCCGCUGGAGCAAGACUCUCAGCUUGUCCAGCAAGCAACGCAGUCCAUUAUCAGGGCAGUGGAUGCGCUGACUCCGGAGGAGGGUGUUCAAGUGCCAUACCGGUACUUGAAUUACGCGGCUUCCUGGCAAAGCCCGAUCGGCAGUUACGGUCCGGCCAGCGUGGAAGUGCUGCAACGCGUUGCUUCAGCAUACGAUCCCAGGGGUGUCUUUCGGCGUAAUGUGCCAGGAGGCUUUAAGCUUUCUGACUAG